AUGGUCGUUCCAAUCCUUUAUUCCUUCGUUCUCGUUGGAGCUUUUUGUUAUUACUUCAUCUUACAAUUAUCAUUUUUAUCCGCCGUAAUGUUCAUUGACACAUUUCUCAUGAUAUUUGAAAUUUAUUAUGAUGGUGAGUGUGAUGAUGACGUUGAAGGUUUUUAUGAGGUCAUGUACUUUUUCUGGACUAUUAUUAUCAAACCAUUCCUUUUAUUUGAUGAAAUCAUUGGGAUACAAGUGGAUAGUCCGGCUUAUGUGUUCUUUGGAAUUUAUAUAGACUAUGACGAAGACAUGUUGCAUAAAGUUGAUUAUCUAACAAGGGUGUGGGAAAAUGUCGUUGAUCUAUACGCUAUAAUUUGUCCUUUCGUGUGUUUAGUUGAUCCUUUUAUGGAAAGAGAUUGUCGCAUUCAACGACAAAUUUGGUUACUUUUUAUUUACUAA